ACAAGUUUUGUCUUCUUGUUCUUCACAGCGAUUGAUUCAAGAUUUCCAGCCUUUGGCCAGAAAUGUCUACAAGUGCAGAAUCAAUGGGAAAGAAGAGGACUCUGAGUGUCAGAACCACAUCCGGCUACUGGUCCGGAACACCACCUUGCCCGACACCUUCUUCAUGUGUGCCACCGGGGCCUACAGUCCUAUAGCCUACCAGCUCAAGCUUGAAAAUAACAGGUUUAAUGUGAUCAAGUCUGAUCUGAAUGGCAUAGGAAUCUGCCCAUAUGACCCUUACGACAAUACCACAGUGAUAUUUGUGGAGAAUGGAGCACCUGGCAAUAUACCUGCUCUCUUCGCCGCGUCUGUGACGGACUCCAUCAAGUCUGACCCCAUCAUUGUGCGGCCGUCAGUGUACAGUCCGGAUGGCUCUUUAGUAGCUGACUACGUCCGCACUAUCAGAGCCAAGAACGACUGGCUUAAUGAACCCCAGUUUGUUGGAUCGUUUGAUGUCGGUGACCAUGUGUACUUCUUCUACCGGGAAGUAGCUUUGGAGUACACUAACUGUGGCAAGAAAAUAUACUCUCGUCUUGCCAGAGUUUGCAAGAAUGAUUAUGGAGGAAGCAGGCACCUCCUUCAGAACAUCUGGACUUCGUUUGUGAAAGCUCGUCUCAACUGCUCCAUUCCUGGGGAGUAUCCCUACUACUUUGAUGAAAUACAGGAUGUAUACAGAGUUGGAGAUAUGUUCUACGGCCUCUUUACUACAAAUAUCAAUGGCCUGACAGCUUCUGCCAUCUGUGGCUUCACAAUCCACGACAUCGACCAAACAUUCUUCAAUGGCUCAUUCAAGGAACAGCGAGACCUGCAGUCCAUCUGGCUGCCUGUGCCUGAGGUAGAGGUGCCCAGCCCUCGACCAGGAGAUUGCAAAACGGCUGGUGCCAGAAGCAAGACUGGGGACUUGCCCUACAAGUUCACCAACUUUGUGUCCAGGUCAAGCAUGUUAAUGGACCGCGCUAUUCCUCACCGGUUUAAAAAGCCCAUCUUCUACCAGAGCAACUGUCUCAUGCAGAAGCUGGUGGUGGUACAGAAUGUGGCUGGACAUGGAGAGCUUGUCUUUGUCACUGCUUCAAAUGAUGGUGUUAUCUACAAGAUUGCUGCUUGGCCUGGUUUGACCACCCUUGAUGCUCCAAAGACCUACAUGGUUUCUCACUACAUCCCCUUCAGUGACAGUUUGCCUAUCUGGAGCCUCACCUUAUACAAAAAUUGGAUCUAUUUUGGAACCGACUGGACUGUAGGUCAGAUUCACUUGGAGACAUGUGGAAAAUACAAAAAGAUUGACCUCUGCAUCUAUGAUCCUUACUGUGGCUGGGACACAUUGCUCAACGAAUGUCGCUCCAAUGAAAGGAAAAAUCUGAUCAACUAUGCCAACAUUGAUCUCCUGUCAUAUUCCUUGGAGGAGGCUAUCAGGAAGCAAGUGGGAGAUUUGUACUACUUUGAGAAAAUGUCCAAAAUCUCUGGAAGUUCAGUGACUCUUAAGAUUGAGUACAGACUUCACAUCAGUGGCACUGUGCAUUGGAAACGUAAUGGCACCUUAGUGAGCAGUGAUCGUCAUAUUCUGGCCCAGGAUAACUCUUUGAUAGUGACAGAUCUGAGAAAGUCUGACGAGGGCCUCUACUCCGCUGUUGAUCAGCUGGGUAGGACAGUGGCCGAAUACUCCUUGGCUGUGGAAACAAGUAAGGAACAAAUUGAACAACGGUGGAUGAGAAAGUUUGACCAAUGGUGUGAUGAGUUCGAGAGAUAUCAGGAGGACAUUCGGCAAUGGGAACGCAAGUGCUCAUCGUGUUGCCAAGGGGCAGCACUCACAAACAUGGUGCCUGCACUGGGAGGAAAGUAAAGCAAAAUUAGAAAACUGAUGAAAGUGGACGGUAGAGAGAAUUUCCUCAUCUGGUUGCCUUAUUCAACAAUGCCAUAGCCAUCAGAAAUGUGCUGGCUAUUCUGAACUUCGCAAAUAUCAAUAUGUCUGUUAAUACUUUUGACGGACUCUGUGGCAAAUCCUGAAGUUUUUGCUCUGCUCAAAAAGAAUGACUGCUAUGAUACGCUUAAGAGUACCAUACCACUCAUUUGGUUGUUUGAGAGGAGAAAAGUUCAGAUUUAUUAUGGGACUGAUUUGUGACAAACUUUCAGGUGAUCUAAAGGGUCAGUUCAUCUGGAUGCAAGGAGACCUGUCAGGAAGAUGUUUCCUUACGAUGGGUUGAGCUCAUCACAAGAGCUCCCCUGCCUAUCUGUGAUAGACUAUGUCUCUGUUCAUCAUUCCUUCAUCAGUGGAAGCAAAGCGGCAAAGUCCUGCGCUCGUCAUAGUCUCGGUCGGUAAAUCCGCCGAGAAACGAGGGAGCAACCAUCUUACGAGGAUUGUCGUGCCGAAUGGUCACAUCAUAGCUGUGGGGCGUGUCCACUUACGUAGCCAAGCCAGCAAAUUGGCCACAGCUUUCUAGGGCUCUUUAUCUGAUAUGGACGUCAAAACUUACUUCAUCGGAUAAUUAUUGUUUUGUGUGAAGCUUAUUUCAAGAUGAAUGCAUUGAGUGCCGUAUAGGUCAAUCUGCAUAUCUGUUUGUUAUUCUUGACCUUUGUUAAUUUACUAGGUCUGAUACCUUGAAAAUGAGAUUAUUUCUUUUUAAAGAAAAACUUAAAACAGUGCUAAAUUAAGGACCAGUUUCCUUAGUUUCAUAUAAAAUGUAUUGUUUGUGGAUUUUGCUUAUUACCAUCCUUUGAACAAAGCAGAUGGGGAAAGAAAAGGUUUUUCAUUGUUGUUUUAAGUUUGUCAUAUUGAAUAAAUAUCCUGCUCUGAAUUUAAUCUUUAAACAAACUUUAUAUUCACUAACAUGAUUAUUCUUGCAAGGUAGAAACCUUGCAAAGUGACAUUUCAAGAGUAAGUGAAUAAUUUUUGUUGAUUUAAUAAGCAUAAUUGUGUAUCGUUGAAAUUUACAUUCAGUACCCAUUGAUAAGAAAUUGUUGAAAGUAAGUUUUCUGUGUAAGAACCAGAGUUGAUAAUGAGAUGAAAGCUCUGAUUCUUUGUAGGCCAAGCCGAGACUGGCCACGUGAGUAGUAUAAUUUGUAACAAUGGUCUUUUGAUUUCUUUUUUUGCUAGCAAAAGUUUUCCCAUACGGAUACCUGAGAUCUAAAAAUGAUCAACCCACAGAAGAAAAGUUUUGAGAAAAACUGUUUAGAUUUUGUGUACAGCUUUCAUGACUUUGUGUUGAUGCUUUUGCUAUGUUGGUUUGAGUGCUACGUAACACUACCAAUCCUGUUCAGACAAAAAUGGCACGUGCUGACUGACCUGCCUAUCCAGUUUUUCUCAAAACUUCCAGAUGUUUCUCAGAUUGUCUUUAGGUUUCAUGUAUCCAAUUAAUUGUACCUUAAUUGUACCUUAGAAGACAUGUAGCUGGCUUGUUGGUAAGAAGUUUAGAAUCUUAUUAUCAAUGUGCUGAAGCAUGAAUGUUUUGUACAUUACGAUAAAUGCAAAUUUGCUCUGAUCUUCUCGGAUACUUCUUUAAAAAAAAAUAAAUUUUGUGCAUAUGCCAGAGUACGCAAGUUGAAAAAUCUUGGUGGGUUAUCUCACAUUUAUCAAGCCGAUUUGGAUAUAUGUGUUUAUCAUUUUAUCACAUAGACCAGUGUUUGUACAGUGGGACAGAUUGAUUGUGCCACAAGAAAACGUUGAGAAUUAUUGACCUGUUCUUGUCUUGAUGAUAUACAGUGGAGUCCACUUUGACCAAACAUUGUUAAUCUGAAAACAGUGGUAAAACAAAAGAAAACAGAAUCCCUAUUUUUUUCUUUGCCAUUUGAGAAAUCUCUCUUAACUGAAAACAUGGCUUAAUCAAAGAAAAUCAGGUGAUCCUGCUGAUUUUGGUUUAGGCAGACUCCUUUGUAUAUGAUUUGGAGAGUGUAUGAAACAGAGCAGAUUUGUGCAAGUGUGAGUGAAUUAGUGAAACAGUAUGACAUCUCCAUUUGAGCGCUCAUUAUUUGUAACUGUUUCUUAUAUAUGGUAUACAAAUAUCUUCAUUUCAGCUCAGUUGGCUGCAAGGAUGUAAUACAUUGAAAUUAUUCUGCUUUUCAGUCUUGUGAGGUGUCUUUACAAUGUAAGUUGAUGGUAUAGCUCAUGGCAUGUUUCACUACAGAUGGGACUUUUUAUUAAUGCUUAUGUGAUGGUUGCCCUAGAUGUUGGAGAACAAGAGGAGCCACUUUCAAUUCCUCUCCUUCACUAUUCUCAAAUUUUAACUCCAUCAUUUAUAGUAGGACUGUUCAUAACUAAGUUUUUCUCCAUCUCACUGUACAAAGAUAGUAUGAAUAGAUCCAUGGCGUAACCAUGUUGCAACAGUGUGUUGGUAAAUGAAGUAGAGAUUAUUUUGUUUGCAAUAGCACAUCUUUAUGGAGUGUGUUUUGUUGUUACAACACUUAAGAGAUAUUCUUCGAGAAACUUCUCGCUGAGAAAAUUUUGUUGGCUUCCUCUCUCCCUGUAGGCUUUCUGGCUAUAUUUUCUAAGGACAGAACUCUCAAUUAUCUUAAUGUUUGACAAAUCUCCCUUUCCAGUACCAGUAGUGGGAUACACAAAGUACGUUAUUAAGCAGUGGAAUCCAUGACCAUGAUCAAAAUAUCCUUUCUAUUAGUUUCAAAAGUACAUACCGAGGGUGUAUAAUAUUGUCCUCUCAUGCCAAAGGACUUACUUCUAAUUGAAUUUCAGGGAAAGGAUACUAUGGGUUGUUUUUUUUUGUCUCAGAUUUUUCACACAUUUGAUUCCUGGGUAUGUAAAGUCUGCCUCUAGAAAUGUUGGAGAAGGCUACACAUGCAUCAGAGAUCCUUCUUUAGCUGUUAAAGGUCUAAGAAAAAAGUCAUUUUGGACUCUAAAUUUUAAAAAAAUUCCCUGGUCAUUAACUGAAGAUAAUCUGGACAGUGUAGACCAUAUGGCUGUCUGAAAAUUGAGAAUGACUACAAUCUAAUAGUAAUUGGAAAAUAAACCCCAGUUUCAUACUGGGGUGAAAAAGCAAGAUCCCAUAUAAUAUGAAGCAUAUAAAAUGGAAAAGAGGACACAUUCUGGGUGUGCAACUUACAGCAAUUGCAGGCCUACAUGUUGUACGCAGAUAAGACAGGCCUUUGAAUUGUCAGGGGCUUACAUGAUGCUGUGCUUAUAAUGUUGAUUGUUUUUUUUUAAUUAUAAGAAUAUAUUGUACUUUCAGUAUCAGUGAACACUGGGAGAAGUGAGUCUAGAACAGGCUUUGGAAAUGUAUGAGCCAUUCUUAAAGGGUGAUCACACAUAGUCUCUUUUUCUCCAACUGUGAGAAAUGAUAUGAAAGGAGAAUUGAAUAAAAAAAACUACACUUUGUCUAAAAAUAAAAAAGAAUCUAUACCAUUUGAUAGGAAAUCGGGCCACAGUCUAAAUGUGUCAACGAACGUCUUAUUUUUUUUAGCAUUGUUAUGUGGAUGUAGUUUACAAGGCUCAAUCACAAACAAUUAGAUUCUCAAAGUGUGCUCAGAUUAUGUAGAGUACGAAAAGGUGCCAGUAGUCAUUUCAAAACAUUUCUGUUGUGAUUUUGAUAUUCUUUCUUUUUUAGGACAUUUUGAACAUACCAAAGUUGAUCAUUGGAAUGAAUACAGACAGAAAAACACAAAAAUCAGCUGUUUAAUUAAAAAUGGUACCAUAUUUACUUGUAACCGUGUUUUAAACUGACCUCUUAAGAAUGGCUCAUACAUGUAUAUAAUAUAUGUCUAUAUCUAAUAUGAACAUGCAGUUGCCAUACUUUCCGGUGAAAUGGAACAACAUAUCCUUCACUGUCAUAAGUGAGUCUUAUGAACUUGUUUGUGCUGACUCUAAUUAAAUGAUUGGUGUUUCCGAAGAGCAUGUUUGGUUUUGAGUGAGUGAGUUGUAAAUAUCUAAACAAACUAUAUGAAUGAAUUAAGUUAACGAGCUCUGACCAAAUGAAAUAUUGUACUUUAUGAUCAACCUCUCAAUUUGGCCUGAAUUUUUUUUGUGUGUGUCUAUUAUUAGCCUUGCCUAAUUGUCACAAUGUAUAUGUAUGUAUACAUAUAUUACAAAUUUUUAUAGAUUGUUAAUUAUAUUCAUGAUUUUUCACUCAUCAGGCUGUGUGCUCAAAGUUUGUAUGAAUGUUGAAAUAAAAUUGAAUGAAUGCGUUUUGUGUAAAAGAGAAAAUAAACAUGAACAAACAUGCUUCAUUUGUGACAUUAUUCAUGGAAAUGAAAUGUAAAUACUGUAUCUGCUCUGGCAAACCUUGCCUCUUAGUGAAUUUUGUACAGCCUUUCUGUUUUCAUGUUUCUUGUUCAGUGUCAACUUUACAUUGCACAAAUUUCACGAUUCAGUCGGAGUACAUCAAAUCACGCUUUCCUUUUCCCAUCCCCUACAUGUCGCGGUGAAUGAAGCUUUGAGUUACCGGUUAUGUUGUAACUCGUGCUGUGAGAGUGGAUAGAUAUGGUUGCUGAUUAAUUUUAAGUAUGAAUGUUUACUAAUAAUAUUGUUUUAGCUACAUAUUACCCACAAGCUGCCAGUCUGAGAUGCUUUAUAAGUUAAAUCUUUGUAUUUACCAGUACUUAACAAACUUUCAUUUGUAAUGGCUUCGAUAACAUUUAACAUCGCAUGACAAACAUCAGUACAAGAAGAGCGCAAUUCGUUAAGUACAGAAAUUUGUCACUUAAUGAUCAUUUCGUGGUAUUGGAGAUGAAUGAGAUACUCUUCCCUGUAGAGUUUUAUUUUACUUUUUUUUUUCUUUGUUGUUGCGUACUAUAGAAAUAGCACAAUACAACACAUUUUGAUUCGUAAGUAAUGACGAGCAGUGUGCUAGAGAUUUAAAAUUUCAUCUUAUGCCCCCACACGUCUUCUAUUGAUAAUAUAGAGUAAGUCAUGACACAGCCCAAUUGGUGAGCAUGGGGUUUGUUGUGCAACACAGCAUGGAUGUCAAUGAGUAGAUGUUUGACAAAAUAGAAGACAUGUACUAACGGAUCUGUGAAUGUUGAUAUUGAUGUGUAUAUGAUAAAUCAUGGUUAAAAAAUCA